UUAAAAAUAAUAACUUGACAGAUACAACCCCAAGAAAGACAGGGUCCUGCCCGACACCGGCGGCACGCGGGCCGAACCUGCGGCCGGGGAUUGGCGCGCACUAGGCCACCGGGCGCCCGGAGCCCGCGGCGCAGCACCAGUAUUGUCUAAGUGCCAGGAGGAGGCCACCGUGUCAGCAAGCUGAGAGGGAAACUGAGGCAAGAUGUCAGGCCGGAGCGGGAAGAAGAAAAUGUCCAAGCUGUCCCGGUCAGCCAGGGCCGGCGUCAUCUUUCCAGUAGGUCGGUUGAUGCGUUACCUGAAAAAAGGGACAUUCAAGUACCGGAUCAGUGUCGGCGCACCCGUCUACAUGGCUGCGGUCAUUGAAUACCUGGCAGCGGAAAUCCUCGAGUUGGCUGGGAAUGCCGCAAGGGACAAUAAGAAGGCCCGGAUAGCCCCCAGACACAUCCUGCUGGCCGUUGCCAAUGAUGAGGAGCUCAACCAGCUGCUGAAAGGAGUGACCAUCGCCAGUGGGGGUGUCCUGCCGAGAAUUCACCCUGAACUGCUGGCCAAAAAGCGAGGGACCAAAGGGAAGUCAGAAACGAUCCUCUCCCCACCCCCAGAGAAAAGAGGAAGGAAGGCCGCCUCAGGCAAGAAGGGGGAUAAGAAAUCCAAGGCCACCAAGCCACGGACGUCCAAGAAGUCCAAACCAAAGGACGGCGAUAAAGAAGGAACAUCAAAUUCCACCUCGGAAGAUGGGCCGGGGGACGGUUUCACCAUCCUGUCUUCCAAGAGCCUCGUUCUGGGGCAGAAGCUAUCCCUGACCCAAAGUGACAUCAGCCAUAUUGGCUCCAUGAGGGUGGAGGGCAUCGUCCACCCAACCACAGCCGAAAUCGACCUCAAGGAAGAGAUAGGAAAAGCCUUGGAAAAGGCUGGGGGUAAAGAGUUCUUGGAAACAGUAAAGGAGCUUCGCAAAUCCCAAGGCCCUUUGGAAGUUGCUGAAGCUGCCGUCAGCCAAUCCAGUGGACUCGCAGCCAAAUUUGUCAUCCACUGUCACAUCCCCCAGUGGGGCUCCGACAAAUGUGAAGAACAGCUGGAAGAGACCAUCAAGAACUGCCUGUCGGCAGCAGAGGACAAGAAGCUGAAGUCCGUCGCCUUCCCGCCUUUCCCUAGCGGCAGAAACUGCUUUCCCAAACAGACCGCCGCCCAGGUGACCCUCAAGGCCAUCUCUGCCCACUUCGAUGACUCGAGCUCGUCCUCGUUGAAGAACGUGUAUUUCCUGCUCUUCGACAGCGAGAGCAUCGGCAUCUACGUACAGGAGAUGGCCAAGCUGGACACCAAGUAGCUCUCCAGCGGGGAC